AUGGAGGAGACACCAGAAUGCCAAAUAGCCAUCGUCUGUGAAUACUGUGAGGAAAACAAUGUAGAUUUUUCUUGUUCUUGCGGCAAACGAAUCUGUGAAAAAUGCCUUGGAAAGCACAAGAAAGAACAUCCCACCCAUUUUGCUUUUGUUUACACCGGGACAUCAAUAAUAGUAUGCGAGAAACAUAUAGGAGAAAUCUGCAAAUUAUUCUGCAAAAUUUGCUGUGAGCCAGUUUGUAGUGUUUGCUCACAGACCAAACAUAAUGGACAUUCCUUCUCAUCCAUAGACGAUCACCUUUCGUCUCAAGGAACCUUACUGAACGUUGAGCUUAAGAAACUUGAUAUGGAAUUCAAAAGUACUUACAUGAAACUUGCGAGUAACAAUGAACAGAGAUUUUCUGAAGUUCCUGCAAAAUAUUCAGCGAUUCGAGAAGCUGUUGAACAAGCAGGGAAAACUUUGCACACGAAAGUUCAAGAGACGGUGAAAAAACUAAAAAUGCAGAUUGAGGCUAUGGAAAUGGAACACCUUGACUGCAUAAGGGAUAACAAAAUGAAGAUAGAUAAAGUCUUAGAAGAUAUCGAAGAAACUAAAUCUGAUAUUUUCAAGAAAAUGACAGACAAUAAAAAGCUAGCUAUGUAUCACGUCAAGACAUAUCCCUUUGAAAACUGCCCUGAUUUGAUGGAUCGAACACUUCCCGUUUUCAAGCAAUCUGAAUCUGAAUUCAACUGUUUCGAGUUCUUGGGAACAUUGACUACAUCGAAAAGGGCCACAAUAUCUAGACCUCAAGACGAAACAUUUGACAGAAAAGAUGAUCAUAAGAUGAAUAAAUCUGUUGAAUUGCUGGAAAGUGCAAGGCAAGUACAAAAGAUUGCUACAGUUUAUGGCUAUAUAUUUGACAUAUCCUAUACAAUUAAGGAACAUAUCCUAGUGUGUGGUACUUACAGAAUAAAAAAGAGUUUCACAAUUCGCGCCUUAGAUUUUGGUGGAAAAGAAAUAAUGUCAAUACCCGUUCAAAAUCAACCAAAUUAUAUUUCAGAAGCUAAAGAUGAAACAAUAUUUUACACCUCGGAAAGCAAACGCGGUGUACACAGGAUUAAGAAUGGAACUAUUGAGACAAUUGCUUUAGACAAUUCUUGGAAACCAAGAGGUGUAGCCUGCAGGAGUUCUGGUGAUGUUAUCGUAGCUGAACAUAACGAAAUGAAAAGGCUAGGACGUUUGAGUAUCUAUACAUCAGAUGGUGAAAAAAAGCAAGUCCUUGGUAUCGGUUGUUCAGAACAUGAUCUCGUUAAUCCCUCAUAUGUUUGUGAAAACGCCAACUCGGAUAUCUGCACCUCUGAUUCAGGAAAACAAAUGGUUGUUGUGUUCCUUUCAGCCGGAGAUUUGAAAUUUAUGUAUAAGGGGAAGUCAGACGAAAAAGAGUUUACGUCCUUUACACCUCGAGGUUUAGCUACGGAUUGCAUGGCCAACAUCCUUAUUGCUGACUAUCUUAGUCACACAAUACACGUAAUUGAUUCUGAAGGAUGCAUAUUAAGGAAAAUUGUAGAAGAUAUUAAUUUUCCUACAGCUUUGUCAGUUGAUGAAAGAAAAAGACUCUUAGUUGGGCAAUAUCUCGACGCCAGUAUUCAAGUUGUAGAGUAUUUAAAUACAUUAUAA